UCUUUCUCUCCACAUUCCACAAUACACAUAAUAAUCUCUUUUUCUAUUUGCACCCUUCUUUUGAUAUAUACAUUUACAAUCUUUGCUAUUUGCACCUCACAAUGAGUACUAUUUGUGAUGAACAUGCACAACAAAACCACAAGUUUCUUUCUUCUUACCAACCUCUCUCCCCCAAAAAGCCUCUCAGAGAAAUCGAUAUCCCUCCGAGAAAACUCCUCACCCGCCGCACCACCGCCGCUGACAUGUUCUCCGAUGACACCAUCCUUCAAAAAUAUCUCCCUCACAAUGACUCCGACUCGGACUCCGAUGAUCCUUACUCCUCCGAUCAUUUCCGCAUGUACGAAUUCAAAGUCCGGCGAUGCACUCGUAGCCGGAGUCACGACUGGACUGACUGUCCAUUCGCACACCCUGGGGAGAAAGCACGCCGCCGUGAUCCACGGCGGUUUCAUUACUCCGGGAAUGUUUGCCCUGAGUAUCGCCGCGGUGGCUGUGACCGCGGUGAUUCCUGUGAGUUUGCUCAUGGUGUUUUUGAAUGCUGGCUUCAUCCUGCUAGGUAUAGAACAGAAGCUUGCAAAGAUGGGAAAAACUGUAAGAGAAAGGUUUGUUUUUUCGCACACACUCCUCGUCAGUUAAGAAUCCUUCCGGUAACUUCUUCCCCAUCUUCAAACUCAAAUGAACAAUUUUCUCCAUGCAACAAGAAAAAUAACAAGCUUUUGAAUAACCAUGUUGCAUCAAAAUCAAACCAUUGUUGUUUGUUUUGUCACUGUGGCGGUAAUGGUAAUGGUAAUGCUAAUAAUUCUCCAACUUCAACACUUUUUGGUAUGUCUCAUUUCUCACCGCCGGCAUCUCCUCCUGUGUCUCCGAUGAAGCCUAGAAAUGAUGUUUCAUCUCUAUCACGCUAUGGUUCGUCCAUUGAUGGUAAUAAUAUUCGUUACCGAGACAUGCUUAUUGAUCUUUUGGGUUCUUUUGAGGGAUUAAAUUUCAAUGACGGUUCAUCUUCUUCUUCCCCGGUUUCUGGUUUACAGAACCAGAACAACCUGGGUUAUUUUGAUGUUCCUGUUAACUCCGAGGAACAGCUUCAGAAGCAGUUUAUUGUUUCACCUUCUUUUGAUCAGCAACAACAGCAUUUCAAUAUUCUUUCACCUUCGAUUCGACAGAAUUCGACCUCCAUUACUUUCAACGAUGUUGACAAUACCAUGAACAACAACAACAUGAUGUUUUUGGGAGAUAAUGAAAAUAAUAAGGUUCUUGUCGGUGGUGAUGUUCCUGAUCUUGGUUGGGUUAAUGAUCUUCUGAUGUAGAAGAGUGAUGAAUUUGAAGAUGGUGAAUGAGUUUUGAAUUACGAGAUUUUCAGUGGAAUGAAGUGUAAAUAUGAAGAGUUCAGUGAUAUUACAUAUUUACCCCUGCAAAUGUUAAGAGGAGAAAAAUAAGAGUUUAUGUUAUUGUGUUAUGUUUAUUUUUGUUGUAUUGUUUUCUAAGUCAGUCAGUAAUUGCUUUCUGAAUUUGGUAUUGUAUGCAUUUGGAUUUUAUUUUGGAUAAAAAGGAAUAUUUUGAUUCA